UUAGCGCCCUAGCCCAUGUGCUCCCACUCCUGUGUUCUGCUCUCGCUCUGCAGCGUUCUGGGUGUUCAGGACGGGUUCGAGUGCUACGAGGUUCAAGCCUGCGUCAAGGACUACUGCUUCGGCCGCGCCGACCGGGUGGUGGGCCUGGCCGUGGUGCAGCUGAGGGACAUCAUGGAGAGGGGCAACUGCGCCUGCUGGUGCCCCCUGGGGCAGCGCAUCUCCAUGGACGACACGGGCCUGACCGCCAUGCGGAUCCUCUCCCAGCGCUCCAACGACGACGUCGCCAAGGAGUUCGUCCGGCUCAAGUCCGAGACCCGAUCAGCAGAGGAGGGAAGAUGAGGCUCUGCUUGAUGCAGUGGCACUGCUUUGACCUCUGACCUGUCUUGGCUGCUGUGUAAAACCUCACCAGCUUCCAGUGUUCUUCAACUUCACAUUUUUUUAAGUCUCGUCCGCCUCUACUGAGGAGACAGAACCCAUCCAGAACCUGUCAAAGGGCCGAAUAAGAACCCACCCGCCCCGAGUGUUCUUGUGCAAUAAAUCCAACCCACCCCUCCCAAAGUGUGGCCAAGUGGUUCAAGCCUUACACUCUGCAAGCUGUGAAUGUGUGUUCAUGUAAAAGGAAAGAAAUCCCUGUUUUUAAUGAA